AUUCUCCAACAUGGGUCUACGAAUGUUGAUCGUAAUAGGCUGAUGCCGUUUGUAUCCGUUCUUGUGGAUUUCUUGGUUGUUUGUUGCUGGUGGUGGACUGUUGAACAAUAUAUGUGGAAGCAAGUACAUAAAAAUGAAGGAGUUCAUGAUGUUAAUGUGAAAAUGAUGGGUUUUGAUGUUGGGAAAGUCAGAGAUAACGUAGUCGUAGUUGAUGGUGAAGUAAAUGAUGAAAUACUUACCAGAAAUAGGGAUAGUCUUAAUGAUUCUUGUGAGAUGUGGUUGGAAAAGGUUCAGAAAUUUAGAGGUGUUG